AUGAAGAGAAAACAAGAGAAUAUUGCUUUUAUUUUUGCAAAACAUAUUAGAAAAGAAAGUGGGAAAAAGUUUAAUCCAACUCAACAAAGUCAAGCACAAGCACAGGCACAAUCAAAUAAUCCUACUCCUGCUCUAUCAUCUAUUCCUUCUUCUCAAGAUAAAGAGAAAGAAAGUGAAACUAUUGAAACUAAUACAAAUUUCAAAUCCCCAACCCCAACAUAUGAAGAAAGAUUAACUUCCAUUGAUGUUUUGAAUCUUCCUCAAGACCUCGGAAAAAGGAGAAGAGUGUCUCAAUUUCACCCAAAUUUAAUCCAAAAUGGUUUGAUAAAUACAAAACAUGGCUCACCUAAACGAAAAGAGUUUCUUCGUGAAAAACAAAUAUCUUGUAUUGCUGAGGCAUUGUCAUUAGGUGAUAUUGAGUCAGGAAGUGGUUUGAAUCAAGAGUUUGGCUUAAUUCGACUAGCCAUUGCAGUUGCUCAUGAGGCUGAUAGGACAAAGGCAUAUUCAAUCAUAGGUAUGUUGAUGUCAUUUGAUUUCAUUUUUAUAGUACAUUUGAUGGGAACUAUAUUUGGAUUGACGAAUUCAUUGAAUGUGAGCUUGCAAAAAAUGGAUCAAGAUAUAGUUCUUGCAAUGAGUUUGGUUGAUGGAACAAAAAAGGAUUUGCAAGAACUACGAGAUAAUGGUUGGGAAAAUCACUUGAAUAAAGUUAUUUCAUUCAUGACUGAGUAUGAUUGUGAUAUUCCCAAUAUGGUGGACUUGUAUUCUAGUCACAUUGGAGGUGGAAGGAGGAUGGUUCGUGGUAAAGCUCCUCGGGUGACAAAUCUUCAUCAUUAUCAAGUUGAAGUUUUUCUAAGUGUGAUUGAUCUACAAUUACAAGAACUUGACAAUCGAUUUAAUGAGAAAACAAAAGAUUUGCUUAUUUGUAUGGCUUGUUUUAGUCAUAGUGAUGGAUUCUCAUCUUUUGAUACAAAACAAUUGUUGAACCUUGCUAAAUUUUAUCCAAAUGAGUUUCCAAAUGAAGAUUUGAUAUUCUUUGAGGAAUCGCUUAUAAGUUACAUUGGUGAUGUUAGAAAUGACGAGCGAUUCUUGGAUGUGAAGACUCUCAACGAACUUUCUUUAAAACUUGUUGAGACAAGGAAGCAUGAAACUCAUUCAGAUGUUUACAAGCUAUUGAAGCUUGUAUUGCUUCUUCCAGUGAUGACAACAAGUGUCGAAAGAUCAUUUUCCGGGAUGAAUCAUAUAAAAAGUAAAGUGCGAAACAGCAUGGGAGAACAGUUGUUGAAUGAUUGCAUGAUUUCUAUUUUAGAGAAGGAUUUGUUUCUCAAUGUUAGUAAUGAUGCUAUGGUACACUGA